AUGGACAUUGAUAAUGGCCCCAUCUCUGGAGAUGAUUUACCAGAACAAGGGGAUAAAAGCCCUGCGGUAUAUAAACGGCAUCCUCUGUAUUACUUUGAAGAUGCAAAUCUAUUCCUGAAGGCUCAGGAUUCGGGAUUUAUUUAUGCUGUCUAUAAAGGGAUGAUGGCCAAGUUUAGCGAAACCUUCGAGGCCUGUUUUACAUUUCCCCAACCUCAAGGAAAAGAAGAGGGCACGAUCUUUGAUAAUCCCAUCUUGCUACCUAUCGAUGCUGCAGCAUUUGAUGUCCUCUGUAGCUUUAUCUUUCACCUAGGAUGGAAGUCCCAGAGCAACAGGAGCACAGAUGAGCUUCUCGCCCUCGGCAGGAUUUCUCAGUUUUUACAGUGUCCAGAUGCCCUGAAAUUUGCAAUCGCCGGGCUUAGAUUUCACAGCUACGACUUCAAUGGAGGCAAGAAAAUGUUUUAUGCGAGCACAUUUGGUGUUCCGAAGUGGGGCUAUAGUGCUACUCGGGAGAUUUUAACCUCAGUUUAUGGGGUCGGAGGUUGUUGCAGUGAAUAUUCUAUCGAUAUGAAGAUUCAUAAACUCCUUCUUGAAGGCGAAAGCAACCUUGUUUGUCAAAUUCAACUUCUCGCUCGUGAAAUUCCCAACCUUGAUGACGAUGCUGUAUGGUCAAACUGCCCCCAGAAGGAUCGCUGUAUGAAAGCUCUUAUCAAAGGAUGGGAAGUUUUGGGACCUGCAAUUGGCCAGACUCGGGGUGCGAUUCGCCAGGUAAAAGUUCUGGUUUCCAUGAAAGUAGAGAGCGAGGCCAGUUUUGCACCUAUGAGGCUAAAGUGCAGGGAGGUUUUGUGUACACGAGUUGGACAGGUUGUUGAACGAAUCGAGGCAUUUGUCAAUAAUGCUGCUGGGGAGCGAGUCAAGGCCUGCAUUGAGCAGGAACAUCCUGAGGCUUAUGAUGUCGAAGACUAG